AUGGCAGUAUGGGAGAAUGGGAAAUCGGACGACUGUGAGCGCACCGAACAUGCGAGAUUUCUGACGCAAAUCGACUUUUCCAUGUCUUACUCUCCGCCUCAAAUCAACGAGUUGCUACCUUUUGAAGAUGCCAUGACCCAGCUUAUCCAGAACAUAAAAUUCAAGGACACCAGAUGCAGUUUUCAAAGUAAGCUACAUAGCGACAUUAAGAACAAGAUUAAGAAGCCACACACCCUCCUCAUUUCCGCCGAUAAAACCAAUAAUUUCUAUACCAUGAAUCCUUCCUCAUACGACAAAUUGCUUCAAGAGAACAUUACCAAAACCUACAAAAAGUCAAGCGAUCAUCUUGUUGACAAGUUAGACUCCCAGUCUGCCAAAAUUGCUGAGCGACUCAAGUUAGACGACCGCAUUGAGAAAUUGGCUAAGGAAGAUGCAUUCAUCACGUUGAAAGACCAUAAGCCCAAUUUUCAAGACAAUCCAUCAUGCCGCUUAAUAAACCCUUCUAAGCCUGAAACUGGGAAAAUCAGUAAGCAUCUCCUCGAUGAAAUUAACAACGCUAUCAUCACCGGCAGUAAAGUAAACCAGUGGAAUUACACCUCAAGUGUCCUCAAAUGGUUUAAUAGUUUAGAAAAUAAGAGCUCUCUUUCAUUCAUCUGUUUCGACGUUUGUGAAUUCUACCCCUCCAUCACUGAGAAGUUGCUUUCCAAGGCACUAGAUUUUGCCUCUAAGCACUGCUCAAUCAACAGCCAUGAGCGUGAAAUCAUCUUGCAUGCAAAACGAUCUCUGCUAUUUAACGACGAUUGCCCAUGGGAGAAAAAAUCUGCCAGCAACCUCUUUGAUGUUACCAUGGGGUCCUUCGAUGGAGCGGAAACGUGUGAGCUGGUUGGAUGCUUUCUCUUAUCAAUUCUUACUGAGGAGUAUGGUCAAAAUAUUGGUUUAUACCGAGAUGAUGGUUUGGCUGCCCUCAAUGGAACACCGCAGGAAAUAGAGAAUACCAAGAAAGGUUUUUGCAAAGUCUUCCGCGACAAUGACUUAAAAAUCACAGUCGAGGCUAACAUCACCAAAACCAAUUUUGUAGACGUCAUGCUUGACCUCUCAAGUGGCAAGUAUUACCCUUUUACUAAGGAAGGCAACAUCCCCCUGUACGUGCAUUAA